CCCAGCUCCUGUUCUCUGCGGCUCUGGCGGCUAGAGCGUCCCUCUCCGCCGGAGCCGCGUGUGACCUUCCCGCUCGCGGAGCGAUGCUACCGGCGGCCGCUCUCCCCCUGUGGGGGCCGUGUCUCGGGCUUCGGGGCGCCGCGCUCCAUUUCAUCAGACAACAGGUGCCACGCGUCUGCACCGUGCGGCUGAUGAGAUGCAGCAGCCAUCGAAGGGGGGAGGCCCUCGCCGGUGCACCCCUAGAUAACGCCCCCAAGGAGUACCCCCCAAAAAUCCAGCAGCUGGUUCAGGACAUUGCCAGCCUCACGCUCCUGGAGAUCUCGGACCUCAAUGAGCUCCUGAAGAAAACCUUGAAGAUCCAGGAUGUGGGCCUCAUGCCAAUGGGCGGCAUGAUGCCUGGUCCUGCCCCUGCUGCAGCGGCCCCCGAGGUAGAAGAAGAAUACGUCCCCAAACAGAAAGAACAGACACACUUCACCGUCCGCCUGACAGAGGCGAAGCCCGUGGACAAAGUGAAGCUGAUCAAGGAGAUCAAGAACUACGUCCAGGGCAUAAACCUCGUGCAGGCAAAGAAGCUGGUGGAGUCACUGCCUCAGGAAAUCAAAGCGAACGUCGCCAAGGCCGAGGCAGAGAAGAUCAAGGCGGCCCUGGAGGCAGUGGGCGGCACCGUGGUCCUGGAGUAAGCCAGCGCCACGGACUUGAGGGGCCCCGGGCCGGGCCCUGCCUGCUCCACCAAGCACCCAGGCUCAGCUGACGGCGCGUCGGAGCAGAACUCCACACUGUCACCUUGGGGCAGCCUGGUUCUGGGACAGGCAUGGACCCACUGAGACGCGAGGGGGCAGCUGCUGCCUGUGAGCACCCCCGGGGAGGACUCUGGAACGUGCCCCCAGUUCCCGUACGCCCCCUGGUGGCCGCUGAGAAAAUACAUGGUUCAGGCCAUG